AUGCAGGCAACUGAGACCAGGACUGUUCAAGUUAAGCAGCUUUCAGAUCUAGCUGGUGAGAGAGAGAUUCACGAGUUCUUCUCCUUUUCUGGAGAAAUUGAGCAUGUUGAGAUCCUGAGUGAAGAUGGGAAAUCAAAGACUGCAUAUGUGACAUUUAAAGAUCCCAAAGCACUUGAAAUUGCAUUAUUGUUAUCGGGAGCAACAAUAGUAGACCAAGUUGUGAGGAUAACUCCAGCUGAGAACUAUGUACCAACUCGUGAGAUGCAAGAAGUAAGGGUGGUGGAAAAUGCUAUAAAUGUUGCUCCUUCUGAAAAUGUCUCUACAAAUGUUGAGGAUGGGAAAGCCAGCCCCACCAAUAGAAGAGUUUACCUUACUAGAGCACAAGAUGCAGUUACAAGUAUGCUGGCAAAAGGUUCAGCAAUAAGACAGGAUGCCGUGAACAAAGCUAAAGCAUUUGAUGAAAAGCAUCAAUUGACUGCUAAUGCAUCUGCAAAGGUCAUUUCUUUUGACAAGAGAGUUGGACUGUCAGAGAAAUUGACAGUAGGCAUUGCUGCAGUGAAUCAGAAAGUCAAAUCUGUGGAUCAGAGGCUUCAUGUUUCAGAUAAAACAAUGGCAGCAAUAAUGGCAGCUGAGAGGAAGCUGAAUGACACUGGAUCGGCUGUCAAAACUAGCAGAUAUGUGACUGCUGGAACAGCAUGGUUAAAUGGUGCUUUUAGCAAGGUGGCGAAGGCUGGACAUGUUGCAAGUACUAAAACUAGAGAAAAAUUUAAUUUGGCUGUUUCAAACAUGACAUCAAAGGAACCGUCAGUGGCUGCUGCAUAG